GUGGAACUGUUCCGCAAGACCUUGAAGUUGACACGAAGAAGUUGACUGGUUCAAACAAGCCCAACAGACAUAUAUUGGAUUAAGUGAGAGGAACUUGGUAACCACGUAUAUCGAUGACAGCAGUAUUCUAAAUAAAAGAAGCUAAUUAUACUCCUGACUUAUACUUUUUAGGAUUUCUGCAGGAAGUCCGAUUUUUUGAAGUGACCUUGGUUGUUUUGAUACGUGGAUAUUGCCACAAAGCGGAGUUUUUUCCAACUAUGAGAUUUUUCCGUGUGCUAUAGUUUGCCAGGUUUAAACAUUCGACGGUCUUCUUCAAGAUAAUGUUGUUGACUUCUUGACUUACACGCUCACUGUUACGUGAACUAUGUCCACACGUGGUGCAUUUGCAUUGUCAGACUUUGUUAGGUUGGAAAAAAUUGGUGAAGGGACAUAUGGUGUUGUAUAUAAGUGUAGAAACAAAGUCACUGGCAAGUUUGCAGCUCUGAAGAAAAUCAGACUUGAGAGUGAUGAGGAAGGAGUCCCGUCGACUGCUAUUCGUGAGAUUUCCCUUCUGAAGGAGUUGCAACAUCCCAAUAUCGUGAAUCUUGAGCAGGUGAUUAUGGAAGAUGGUCGUUUGUACUUAGUUUUUGAAUAUCUCAACGUGGAUUUGAAACGCUAUUUGGAAGACAGUGGAAGAAAUAGUUUACUAGAUGCUGAGACUGUUAAAAGCUUCAUGUACCAAAUGCUCCAAGGUCUGUUGUUUUGUCACGGCAGGAGGGUUAUUCAUCGGGAUUUGAAGCCCCAAAACAUCCUCGUAGACAUCGGGAGAAAGAUUGUGAAGCUUGCGGAUUUUGGCUUGGCUCGCGCUUUUGGAAUCCCUGUGCGCGUAUUGACCCAUGAGGUCGUCACGCUAUGGUAUCGUGCUCCAGAAAUCUUACUUGGAGCACAGAGGUAUUCUUGUGCCGUGGAUAUGUGGUCCAUGGGUUGUAUUUUUGCUGAAGUUGCGACAAAGGAAGCGUUGUUUCGAGGUGAUUCGGAAAUUGAUCAACUCUUUCGUAUCUUCCGUCUGCUUGGCACUCCAUCAGAAGAAGUUUGGCCAGGAGUUUCAAGUUUGCCAGAAUAUCAAAAGAAAGAUUUUCCCGCAUGGCACAAUUCAAAGUUAUGUAUCCACGAGAAUAUAUCUAAAGCUUUCAGCGAUGCUGGUCUUGAGUUGCUUCAAGCCAUGUUAAUUUACGAACCUUCACGGCGCAUUACAGCAAGGGAUGCACUUUUACAUCCUUAUUUUUCUGAUUUAAACAAAUCUCUUGUGCCAGCAACUGGUGAAGAGUAUAUUGGUCUACCAUUAGACCAGUUACCACGAGAAAUUGCUGCAGUGUUUCUUGCAGAUGCCGGUGGAGUAUAUCACAAUUUGAAUGAUAAUGAAAAUAAGAUCUGUAAAACGGUGCAACCCGGUACCAUAGAUUUGGGAAGUGCAGAGUAUCCUACAUCAAAGUAUCUAAGUGAUUGCCAGAAAGAAGAGCUUGAAAUGGUGGAUGUAAUAGAUUCGAAGCCUAGUCGUCAUGUGGCACCGUUGGCAGAUAAUCAUGAGACAAAUAUGUCAAUUGGCUAACUGUUUAGUAAAACCGACUGAGAAAAACUUGAUUUUUAUUCAUUGUAAACUUGUUAUUUGCUAAUUUUGUUAAUAUUGUGCUCCGAUAUAAUAUGCUGUAAAUAUAUUCCCAAUAAAUUUUAGUUACGAGUGCGACCUUCCUUUAA